CACUAAAAUUGCAUUUCUUUAUAAAGAGAUAAGAGGCCUCUGUUUUCAUCUAUUUUCGGAGACUUAGCUUUUUUCUUAACACAGAGGAGAGCAGCUAGUUGCAGUUGCCUGGAUGGGAAGGAAAGGAGAGAAAUUUCAGAGGAAAAUAUGGGGGAAAGCUUUAGUCAGCUUGUCAGGACACCACCUGCAGCUUCCUCUGGACUUAGAAAAGACAGGCAGAGAAGGAGCAAAAGAAAUGUGAUAAAGAGCCCUGCGCACACCAAGGUCAGAGAAAGAGGAGCAUGAGGAGGUGAUCCAUGGCAAUGUGGAACAGAUAUCCACACUGCAGCCUGUGGAUAUGCUAGAGCAGGUGGGUAUUCCCUGAAAGAAGGUUGUGUUUAGCAUCAGUUCCACUGUUGGAGCCAUGCAGAAAGUCAAACGGCAGCUAAGUGCAAAAUACCUUUUAAAUACCAUGUUCUAUGUGCCUUAAUGGUCAAAAUCUUGGUAUCUGUCUCAUGGUCUCUUACAUCAGCAGCUUCCCUGGCUACUGUUUGCAUCUUUGUUAAAAGAUUUAGAAAAGGCACAAAUACUUUGGCAUUGUUUUAUAUGGAAGGUGUGCAAAUACUACAAAGACUGUUCACAGUUAAAAAUCAAUAGGUUGCAAGGCAGACAAAGAUAACCUGGAGAGAUGUCUGGAUAAAGGAAUUCAUCCCAUGAAAGACCACCUGAAGGCAUAAUGGAUUUUCCACUGCAGUAAACUACUCAAGGUUUCCAUUGGCUACUGCUCACAAAUUUUUGAGGUUGCUCAACAUGCCUAUGAGCUUUACAAACAUCUGUAGGUAUUUGUUAAAGCCACUGAGAUACUUCAGUUUCUACUCCAUAGAAAAUGGCAAUAUUUUGUUUUUCACUCUUCACAAUACAUGUAAGUUUUGCAAAUUUUCUACAGAAAUGAAAUUGAAAAAGUCUGUCUUAGAACCAUGCAAUGUUUCCUUUGGAUAGUACUGAAAAUACUGGAAGAAAAAAUAUAAGAAAAAAAAGUUAACUGCUAACAAAUAUGUGACCAGAUAAAAUCAGUAGCGUGUAUUAAUAGAAAAGGCAAAACGAAACAUGACGCAAAGAUAAAAUCCAAAUGCAAUGGUCUCCUUUGUUUGGAUUGAACGUUUCCUCAAUAUCAACAUGUUCUGACAAAACAAUUCAAUUUUGCCAAAGUUGCAUUUUCGCACAGAAACAGACUUUGUAAAAAGCUGCUGACUAGCUCAAGCAUCUGUAUUCCAAGUGAUUCCUUUUGUGUUCUGCGGUUUUCAUCCACUGUGGAGCGAACACUCAGCAAACCUCAUUCAUUCAUCUGGCCCACCAUAAGGAAGCAGAGCUAUUUUAGGCUUGUUGUAAUGGCACAUGUGUCACUUUAGGGCUGUCCAGUCACGGGAGUGUGGGCCAGGAAUCGCUUUGGGCACCCACCCAUGUGAUGGAAGCACCCUGGGGAUACACCAGCCCUGCCUGUCCAGAGGGAGCUUGCACCAAGCUUGCCUCCUUCUGGAGACAUCUGUAACUUCAGCUUAUCCACAGCAAUGGGGAUGAUUCACGAAUAGAAAUUCAUAUUUCUGUUUCUUCCCUCAUAACAUCUUUCUUUCUACGAUGAAAAUUGCUGUCUUACAGCUAAACACUAAAAGCCAAUAAACACAUCACAAAGGCAAUCGGCUGCCAGAGUUCAGAAAGGGUUAAGGCAGCAGUUGGAGAGGUUUGGGGUGACGUCGUGCUUCUGGACGCCUGAGAAGUCUCUUGAAGGUAGUUCCCCUCUGGUGAGGAUGGGAGCCAGCCGAGGUCUGAAAUCCGAGAUCCCUUGCAGCCUGGAGCUGGUGAGGUCCCAGUAAAAGCUGUUUGCCUGCUCUCCCUUCCUGAGCAGUCACACCGCUGCACCGGCCUGAGCAGUAUGGAGCGAGCCCCGUGGACACACAUAGGACUUACCCUCCUCCAGCUCCUGCUCAUCUCCUGCUUGCCGAGAGAGUACACAGUGAUCAAUGAGAACUGCCCUGGGGCAGAGUGGAACAUCAUGUGCCGGGAAUGCUGCGAGUACGACCAAAUCGAGUGCGUCUGUCCAGGACGGAAAGAAAAAGUGGGCUACACCAUUCCCUGCUGCAGGAAUGAGGAGAAUGAAUGUGAUUCCUGCUUAAUACACCCAGGCUGCACCAUUUUUGAGAACUGCAAGUCAUGCCGUAACGGCUCCUGGGGAGGAACACUCGAUGACUUCUACAUCAAAGGGAUCUACUGUGCAGAGUGCAGAGCUGGCUGGUAUGGAGGGGACUGCAUGAGGUGUGGACAGGUUUUUCGGGCUGCUAGAGGUCAGAUUUUGCUGGAGAGUUACCCACUGAAUGCACGAUGCGAAUGGACUAUCCAUGUUCAAGCUGGAUUUAACAUUGAAUUAAGGUUUCCCAUGCUGAGUCUGGAGUUUGAUUACAUGUGCCAGUAUGAUUAUGUGGAGGUACGUGAUGGGGACAAUUUGGACAGCCGAGUAAUUAAGAAAUUCUGUGGGAAUGAAAGGCCAGCUCCCAUUCGAAGCACUGGGUCUUCACUCCAUGUCCUUUUCCAGUCUGAUGGAUCCAAGAACUUUGAUGGAUUUCACGCUGUCUUUGAAGAAAUUACAGCUUGUUCUUCAUCUCCGUGUCUUCACGAUGGAACGUGCAUUCUUGACAAAAGCAGUACUUACAAAUGUGCCUGUCUCGCUGGCUAUACUGGGAGUCGCUGUGAAAACUUGGUGAUGUGUAGGACUCCAGGUGCUCCCGCUCAUGGUAUUGUGGAAGGAGAUGACUUUAAAUACGGGGCCCAGGUUUACUUCAAGUGCAACGCAGGUUACAGUUUAAAAGGCAGCCGUGUUGCCUACUGUCAGCUUGAUGGGAUUUGGUCAACACAUCAUCCCGAAUGUGUUCUAGAUGAAAAAAGCUGCUCAGAUCCUGGUGGCCCACUCAAUGGCUACAGAAGAGUAGUGGAAGACACUGGGCUCUUCAAUGGACGCUAUGCAAAAAUUGGCACAGUCAUUGCUUUCUUUUGUAACAACUCCUAUGUUCUUAGUGGGAAUGAACAGAGGACCUGCCAAGACAAUGGAGAAUGGUCAGGGAAACAGCCAAUCUGUAUUAAAGCCUGCAGAGAGCCAAAGAUCUCUGACCUGGUGAGACAGAAAGUGCUGCCGAUGCAGGUUCAGUCAAGGGAAACACCUUUGCAUCAGCUUUACUCAUCUGCAUUCAGUAAGCAAAAGCUUGAAAUCUACCCAACCAAGAAGCCAGCACUGCCGUUCGGAGACCUGCCUCCAGGGUAUCAGCAUCUGCACACUCAGCUUCAGUAUGAAUGCAUUUCUCCUUUCUACCGCCGCUUGGGUAGCAGCAGGAGGACUUGUCUGAAGACAGGAAAAUGGAGUGGAAGGGCCCCUGUGUGUAUUCCAAUCUGUGGCAAAGCAGAAAAUAUCACUCUUCAGAAGGCUGUAACCUCUACCAGGUGGCCAUGGCAAGCAGCAAUCUAUCGGACAGCCAAUGGGGUGAAGGAGAACAGUCUCAAAAAAGGAGCUUGGAUCCUCAUCUGCAGCGGGGCUCUGGUGAACGAGCGCACCGUAGUGGUGGCAGCUCAUUGUGUCACUGACCUGGGCAAGACCAUUGUGCUCAAGACAGCAGAGCUCAAGGUGGUUCUGGGGAAAUUCUACAGAGAUGAUGACAGGGAUGAAAAGACCAUCCAGAACCUGAGGAUUUCUGCCAUCAUAGUGCAUCCCAAUUACGACCCCAUAUUACUUGAUUCUGACAUAGCUGUCAUAAAACUUUUGGAUAAAGCCAGAAUCAGCAGUCGUGUUCAACCCAUUUGCUUGGCAUCUUCUCAAGACUUGACUUCAUCCACAGAAGAUUUAAAAAUAACAGUUACCGGCUGGAAGGUAUUGGCUGAUAUUAAAGAUCCUGGAUACAAGAAUGACACAAUCCGCAUGGGAGCCGUUCAGAUGGUGGACUCACUGUUGUGUGAGCAACAGUAUGAGGAUAAUGGGAUACAGGUCAGCAUCACUGACAGCAUGUUCUGUGCCAAACAGGACCACACAGUCUUCUCGAAUAUCUGCCCUGCUGAGACUGGUGGGAUUGCAGCCAUAACUUUACCAGGAAAAGCAUCUCCUGAGCUAAGGUGGCACCUGAUGGGAUUAGUGAGCUGGGGUUAUGAUAAAACUUGCAACCUAGAACUCUACAGUGGUUACACCAAAGUGAUUCCUUUCAAAGACUGGAUUGAAAAGAACCUGAAAUAAAAAGCUGUGUCUGGAAAUGGCAUUUUAUAAUUAACAUGGUAUUUCUCACAGUCUCUGCUGCUUUAGGUUGCUUAUCCCAGUGAUGAGCCACGCCUGGGAUAAGGUUAAGGCAGACACCCUGGUAAUCACCCUGGAUCAGAUGCUCCAUCAGGCUACUCUCAAUUCAUGAUUAAAUGUCACAGUGCAUGGGAAGUUUUGCCAUUUUUCACCUGUCUCCCCUGGUGGGAGGGUGAUUCCCUGCUCCCGAGUCUGAUGUACAGAUACAGGACAGCAAAUUGUGAUUGAAAUUAAUCUGUAGUUUGGAGUCCCCAAGAGAAGUCACUGGCAAGCCUCUCCCAAAGGUCAGUCUGACUGACUGAAGUAGGAGGCUGCAAAGAGUAGCCUGAAUUCAUUAUGUUGGAUGAGCUUGUUAAGGUAUGUGCUAUCUCUAUUGCCAUAGUACAAUGUAAUCUUUUUCCCUCCAAAGUACUUUACACGUUUAAAUAAACCAUGGUUUGUUUUUUUAACAUACAUACCCACGUUUAAAUUCCUUCUUCUUUUAUCUGUGUCACACCCCAGGGGCUCUCUAUUGCCCUUGUCUGUUUGCAUGUGACUCUCACUGAGGCUUUUCAUACAUGCUGAAAGGCAGCGUCAGCACACGAUUCAAUUACUCCAUAAAUAACAAGGACCUUCUUUUCUUCAUACACCCAGUGAUGCUAAUGUUGUACAGGAACCACUGCAAUGAAAUGUACUCAGAAAGUUUUCUCCCACCUUAUAUUCUGAAUGGAUGAAAACUUGAAACACACUUUUCAAAACAUUUUUCCACAUGGAUUAUUUCAAGGAUCUCUAAAAACCUCGGCACAGGUUCUGGUUUCCAUCUGCUCACAUACUUCUGUGGCAAAAUAACUCACCUGAAGUGCAGCAGGGUAAAGAAUUAUGGCCAGGUGUCACGCUGAGCGGAGGCUUUUCCCUUCUGGACUUUCUGACAUCAAAGCACGAGAUUGUCCUGUUGGGCAUGUUGUCCAGUGGAGAGACUUUGGUCGCCUCAUGGUUCUUAACCACUUCUCUCUCACUAAAUCAGUUUCCCCUCUUCAGUUAUGAAUGAAAAUGGAAGAUGAAAAAGUUGAGGAAGGCGGACAGAGGAAUGCCAUAGAUAACAACACUCUGGAAUUUGUAGACUCUGCCAAGUCACAGCUGGAUGUGAAGAUCUGAAAGAAUUGAGCACCCCCAUCAAAGACUUGGAUCCUGAAGUCACUUUCUGCCAAACCUAUGGCAUGGCCGUGGCUCUUGGAAGCUGACGAGUCUGUUUCCAAAUCCCAUUUCUCUGGUGCUGUGAAAUCUUGUUCAGUUUCUCUGUGCUCUGCAGUUCCCAUCCACUUUUGAAUCUGCAAAUUAUUGCUAAGUGGGCGAUUGGUACAGAGGAAUGUUUCACAUAAUUUCUUUUUGCCUUCCUGGGCAGAAGAACUGAAUGCUUUUGCACUUUCCUUAUUUUCACUGGCAAUAAGACUGGGUUUUAGUUAAGGGCUUAGUUUAAGCCCUUUAAUUUAAGGGCUACAACCAAAGUGAAUUACUUUAUGUUGUUCGUCUAUCUCCUACUGCCAAAGUGCUUGGCUUACAAACUGUAUGGCAACAAAAAAUCUGAAUUAAAUAUGAAAAAUUGGAUGUGUUUCACUCCUCCACUGGGACGAAGACAUUCCAGUGAACGUAUGGUACUCCCCCUUACAAAAGGGGGUUGAGGAAAUUAGGUGACAGUUCUGGAGGAGGGUAAACUUGCAAAAGUUCAAGAAAUUGUUUUUUUCCUAACACCGCAACAGUGAAUAAAGUGAAACAGUGAAGGAAGGAGAAAGGAAUAUAUUUGUUUAUGGAGCAUGGCUUGCCUACUGAGAGCUCUUCCAUGGUUACAUUAAAUAAGAGUUUUGACACCGUAACGGUAAUAGAAAAAUUGUGAGGGUCUGUGAGCUGGUGCUGCUCUCAGCUGUGGCACCGCACCUGCUGCGCUCUGCCCUGCGUUGUUCUUUGCUGCUGCAACUGCGAAGAAUGGGCCCUGGAUGUUUCUUCCUCUGUGAUUUGUCCAGGAGAGAGACAGCUAGGCACGCUGAACUGCAGAAGUCUGCAUUAAUUCCAGUCCGAGCUCUCUCUCCUCUCCUUUUACCACCAAUCGGCCAUGGUGGGCAUUUACUGAUCCUCCAGCUCUGCCUCAGUGCCGUCCCCGUUUAGUUUCAGUCACUACAGAGCUGGCAACAAAUAGCUGAGAGGUACUGGGUCGGGCAGCAACCAUCGCUGUUCGCCGGCUGUGUACCACCCCAAAGUUUAUUCUUCUGAAACGCUGUGGGAUGAAAAUCGCUGUGUGUGAAGGCUUACGGCGGGAGGAGGUUGCUACAGCCGUGCCUGCACCUCUUUCAAAGGUCAAGGACUUAUUUUUAAGAUGCCAAACUACCUCAAGCACCUCCUUUCAGACAGGUGAGGACCUCUACAUCGGCUGGGAAGGGCUGCAAGCAGCCCCGCAGGGACGGCAGCCUCGCAAACCUUCCUC